GCCAGUCACCCGGCGAUGCAGCGGCGCCGGAAGAGGCUGAAGUACAGGAGCUGGUACAGGUCCACCACAGAAAUCCGGAAGGAGAAAUCGAGGGACGCGGCGCGAUGCCGCCGCAGCAAGGAGACGGAGGUUUUCUACCAGCUGGCGCACACCCUGCCCUUCGCCCGGGGGGUCAGUGCCCACCUGGACAAGGCCUCCAUCAUGCGACUGACCAUCAGUUACCUGCGGAUGCACAAGCUACUGAAUUCAGGAGAGUGGCGAGAUGAGGUGGAGGCAGAGGAGCAGGUGGACGCGUAUUACCUGAAGGCCCUGGAUGGCUUCCUCAUGGUCCUGACCGAGGAAGGGGACAUGAUCUACCUCUCCGAGAACGUCAACAAGCACCUGGGCCUCAGUCAGUUGGAGCUCAUUGGUCACAGUGUCUUUGACUUCAUUCAUCCCUGUGAUCAAGAAGAACUGCAAGAUGUAUUGAGCCCAAGGCAGGGUUUCUCAAAGAAGAAGGAGGUGAAGACGGAACGCAGCUUCUCCCUGCGCAUGAAGAGCACCCUCACGACCAGGGGGCGCACCGUCAACCUCAAGUCCGCCACCUGGAAAGUGCUCCAUUGCUCCGGCCAUAUGCGGUCCUAUGCGCCCGCCAAGCCAGCAGGGGGGAAGGAGGCAGAAGGCGGCUUCGUGGAGCCCCCUUUGCGAUGUUUGGUGCUGAUCUGUGAGGCCAUCCCGCACCCCGCUAACAUCGAGACCCCGCUGGACAGCGGCACCUUCCUCAGCCGCCACACCAUGGACAUGAAGUUUACCUAUUGCGACGACAGGAUUGCAGAGGUGGCUGGUUACACGCCUGAAGACCUGCUGGGCUGCUCCAUUUACGAGUACAUCCACGCCCUGGACUCUGAUUCUGUCAGCAAGAGCAUCAACACCCUGCUGAGCAAGGGGCAGGCAGUAACUGGGCAGUACCGUUUCCUGGCCAGGAACGGCGGCUACCUGUGGACCCAGACUCAAGCCACGGUCAUCUCCAGCAGCAAAAACUCCCAGCCCGAGAGCAUCGUCUGUGUCCACUUCAUCUUGAGCCAGGUGGAAGAGAUGGGCCUGGUACUCUCCUUGGAGCAGACCGAGCGGCAGGGGGAGCACCGCCGGCUGCCCCCGCCCUCCCUCGAGGGGCUGGACUCCGACGGGGCCCUUGACGACCUGGAUGCCAACGGGGGAGACACCAUCAUCAACCUCAGCUUUGAGCUGCGCGGCCCCAAAGUCCUGGCCUUCCUGCGCCCCGCCAACAUCAGCGAAGAGGAGCUGCAGGUGGACCCCAAACGCUUCUGCAGCCCUGACCUCCAGAAGCUUCUGGGCCCCAUCUUCGACCCCCCUGGGGCCCAGAGCCAAGCGCCAGGGACCCUGCGGGCAAGGCCUCCGGCCGCACCGCCCAAGCCUGCUCCGGUUGCCAAGAACACUUCUGGAGGCAGGAGCCCAGUGAACCCGGUCGAGCUGCCAGAAGAGCUGCUUUUUGACAUGGAGAACGUGCAGAAGCUAUUCGCUUCCAGCAAGGAGACUCAGUCAGUGGAGACGGCCCUGCAGGACUACGAAGGCCUGGACCUGGAGAUGCUGGCCCCGUACAUCUCGAUGGACGACGAUUUCCAGCUCAGCAGCACCGACCACCCGCCCUGGCUGGCCGAGAAACGGGGCGGCGUCCCAGGGCCGGGGACCCGGCCAACCUCGCCGCCCCCGCGGCCUCGCUCCAGAAGCUUCCACGGAGUCUCCCCCCGCCCGCCCGAGCAGACCACUCUCCCCCGCUGGGGCAGCGACACCAGCCUGAGCCACCCCCGCCCUGCCCAGCCCCCAGGGAGCCCCCCAUGCGGGGCAGAGCAAGUGGUGGAGAUGGUUGCGUCCGAGAUCCAGGCCGUGCAGGAUGGGAGCGGUCAAAAUGGCCAGGCCGCCUCCGUGGGUGGGAGGAAGAGGGCCCGGGAGCUGAGCGUGGAGGAAGAGAGAGAUGUCUUCCUGGAGGCAGGGCUCCCUAAGCGCACCCGUGGCCUGGAGCCCGAUGGCUUCCUGAUGCCCUCCCUUAGCCUGGGUUUCCUGCUGAGUGUGGAAGAAUGUUUGGAUGCCAGGUCCGAGCGGGGUUUCGGGGCAGUGUGUCCCUGGGCAAGAAGCUUCUGUCGCUGGAGGAGCCGAUGGGCCUCCUGGGGGACAUGUUGCCAUUUGUGGUGGACGGACCAGCCCUCUCUCAGCUGGCCCUGUUUGACGGCGAGGACGAGGCCUCCGUGCAGAGCGGGCAGCAUUUCCAGCUGGGGGAGGAGCUGCUGGUGGAACUGGACCAGGCCACCUGAGGUGGUGGCCCCCUCUGCUGCUGCCGCCGCCGCAAAACCUUCACGCCACACUCCUUCUCCGCAGAUGGGACGAAAGCAGAACCAAACCCCACCCAAAAUCACCCAUGAGAGGCAGAGGAGGGGAGGGGGCCCUCCUUUCCCUCCCCUCCUCCUCUUCCAACCGCCCCACCCCACCCAAACGCCCUCCUCUCUCUCUCUCUCUUUACCUCCUCCCACCCCCAAAUCUCCGCCGGCGUCCUUUGAACUCUUCCUACCUCAGUCCUGUCCUCAUCGGGCAGCCUCUCCCCUCCGGAGAUGGCGAGGGAGAAAGGCUUAGCCUAAUUUAGGAGCCUGCGUUCAUAGGGACUGUCCCACCCCCCCACUACAAACCAGCUCCCCCUCCCCAAAUAUUGGUGCUUAUGUAUCCUCUUUUCCUGAGAUGGGAAGCAGAAGUGGGGUGGAAGGAAAGGAGUUGGGGGGCCCAUAUUCACGCGGGAAGACUCCGUUCUGUCAAAUCCCCCAAAUUGAGAGGAGAGUCGGGGCGAAGGGAUGGUCAGGGGUUGGAGACGGGGGUGUCGCUCUCCCCUGAGAAAUGAGGGAGGCAGGGCGACGCCUGAAUGGGAAGGAAGCCGCCCCUCCGCUGUGACCCUCCUGCUGGCUUCCAUCACGAGUUCACCCAUUCCAGAAGGAACUGGGACCACCCAGGAGGCAAACUUUAGGGUUGGGCGGCACUGGGCUUGGUCUUGCACCGCCAAGACUUAGGGAGGGAGAGGCUGAAUCACUGUUCUUGCCUCUCUGACGUCCCAGAAUCCUUCAGGGGAGCCUCUUUGGCGACAGCGCCAUACUCAUUUACCUCCCCAUAGCUCUUGCCUUGUGAAUGAGAUCCGGGAGCACUUCUGGGGAAGAAAGUUUUGGGUGUUAUUCAAGCACCCCUGGCCCCCUUGUUCCCAGUCGUCCGGACUGGUUUUUUCCCCCGGAAGUGGCCCAAAACUUAAAAGAGAUGGAAAUGGAUUUCUCCCAGAGGAGAGGAAGGGAACCACGGUGCUCUGGCCGAAUUUUUUGACCCGCUUUUACGGUCUGUUUACGCUUAUAAAAAGAGGCCGAAAUGUUUCUGGUGGUCAAGCGACCACAAGUUUUAAAAGGUCUAAAAACGUAUUGUACAGGGAGCAGAGAAAUAUUUUCUUCUUAAAAACAAACAAAAAACCUUUUUUUUUUUUCAAAAAAGAGAUGGGAUUCUAUAUCUUGCUCCUGCCUCACCAGAUAUAUUUCUAAUUUUUAAUAAGUCCUUCCUCCUCCCCCCCCCCCCGCACUUUGUCACUACCUAGGGGUGGUUGGGUUGCUUUUUUGGGUGGGGGGAAGUUUCUUGAAUCCUAAAAAUGGGUGAGAUAUGUGCAGGCCACUCCCCUCCCCAUCCCCCACCCCACUCUCACAAACCUUGGCACCGAAAAAGGUAGGUUUUUAACCUCACAAUAGCCACAGGUAGCUGGGCAGUGGAUGGUUGAUUUCGAAAUUCUAAAAGGAAAGUUUAAGGAGCCUAGAUGUUGCUUUCACAAUCUUGAAACUUUUAAAGACAAUCUUUAGAAAGUUCCUCAAUUUGAAAUGGGGUGGGGAGGCUGACCUAUUUUUUAAAAAAUUAGGAUUGGGAACUCGCCACAAAGAUCACACUGGCUCUUAAACAAAGUAAAUUUGAACUGCAAUCAGCCUAAAUAUAGGUUGCCAGGAAAUGGCAUUUUUUGCCAAUAAGUUCUACUUAAAACAGGGUGGAAAAAGGACAUUUGAAAGAGGAAACCUCCCUCUUUCUCGUGUUUUUUUGCCCCUGAUCCUGAACGCGUUUACACGUUGAGACUUAACUUCUGAGUAGCUGUGUACAGGACUGAGAUUCCACCCUUCACUCUCGCUUUUUUAAAAAAACAGCCUGAUCUUGCACGUUUACUCAGAAGUAAGCCCCCAUGGUGCUCACUGGGCUUACUUUGCUUCUGGGUUAGCAUGCCUAGGAUUGUAGCUUAGUUGCAUCAUGCGCUGUCAGCAUGGAAAGGUUGGUCAUUCUUGGCUGCUGCGAAAAUAAAAUAAGGCAGAAGUUUUGUGGUAAGACUCGCAAAACCCCGUGACUUGAAGCGACGCAAACGCUCGCAUUCGCCACCAAUUUUCCCUGUUUUCGCGCUUAAAAAUGAGCUACUUUUCCAUUCUGCCCAAAGAGGAAGAGUUCUGCGUAACUCGAAACCUUGCAUAAUUCCUGCACUAGCAAACGUCGCCUAAGAUUGAAUUGCCUUACCUCUUUUAUACCCUUUUGGUAUAAAAGGCCACCGUAGUGUUAGCUGGCGCUCAUAGUAGGGUUGCUCUACAUUUUAGGAGGGAUGGGGCUUCCUCUGCCUCUUUAAUUAUUACCCAGAAAAGAGAAUAUUGGCAGGUGCAGCUUCUUCAACCCUUGACCGGUUGGGGAAGCCUCACUAGCUGGGAUUCCCCCCAUCGACACCAUUCUUAAAAUCACAGGAACCCUUUUCCCACAGGAAUGCUGGCGGCCGCCUAGUUGAAAGCCCGUGUGGUGGGAAAAUUUUCCCAGUAGUCUCCAAUUUAAAAACAAAAAACCUCUUUUCUCUUUUCCUUCUUUCUUUCUUUU